AUGGUGGAUUCCCAGUACAUCUCCUGUUUCAAAACUUUGAAGAUGUUCAGCGAUCGCGGAAUUGUUGGGGUCCUCGCGACCUUGGCUCUAUUAGCUUCUCCUUCGCUCUCCAAGCUCGAUCAACCUCUUUCCAACAAGGGUGCAGGAUUUGGCGAAUCACAGCUGAAUGCACGAGAGGGUGAAUUCUCUUGGGAAGGCGUUCUUCCGCAGAAGACCCUCGUCUGGCAAGACUGUUACUCAGGAUUGCAAUGUGCUCGAUUUAUUGUGCCAUUGGACUAUUCUGAACCCGAAGGCAGAGAGGCAAUCAUCGCGUUGGUCCGCAAGCCCGCUCUCGUUGCCGCAGAGUCAGAAUCCUAUCGAGGGCCUGUGCUCUUCAACCCGGGAGGACCCGGAGGAAGUGGCGUGGACUUCAUUAUCACGGCCGGGGAUAUGUUUGCUACUAUCGUUGGUCCUCAGUUCGACCUUAUUGGGUUUGACCCAAGAGGCACCGGUCGUUCUCUUCCACGCGUUUCCUUCUUCAAGACUGAUGUUGAGCGUGCGCUGUGGGGAAGAAUGGGAAUCAGGGUAGUGAACAACUCCGACGAGGGGAUAGCUCGAACUUGGGCUCGAGCCACCUUGCUCGGACAACUUGCAGCAGAACAGGAUGACGGGUCCCUUAGGCAUAUAAACACAGAUCAGACUGCGCAAGACAUGCUGCGUAUCGUCGAGGCCUAUGGGCAGAAGAAGCUUCAGUAUUGGGGUUUCUCAUAUGGAUCUGUCCUUGGUGCUACCUUUGCCGCCAUGUUCCCCGACAAGAUAGCACGUCUAGUUAUUGAUGGAGUCGUCGACUCUGAAGAUUAUUAUGCUACGCUCUGGACCCAGAAUCUAGUCGAUGCAGACAAGACCAUGGAACACUUCUUCACAGGCUGCACAGAGGGCAGGCCAACAAGGAUGCGCCUUCUGGGCGCCUUCCGCCAAUGA